AUGCUUCAUGUACGGCGUAUUAUUCGGAAGGGGUGUCAUUACUCUUUAUUCGCUAAAAAACAAUUACAAUCGACUGCCAAUGAAACGAAUGACGAUGUAACCACAGUAGACAAAGAAAAAAUUAAAUCAUUAGAUAAACAAGUCGCGUUUCUAGGCCGACGGAGUAAGAAGCCAAUUCAACAGUCAAUUUAUGCCUAUAAAAAGAUAAAUAAUACAUAUUAUGAUUGGAUGUUUGCUGUCAACAAAGUUGUUAUACCAAGAGAUGAUUUAUAUCGUCCAUUGAUUUUACGUAAUGUUGUCAAACAAAUAUUACGUUAUAUGUCCGAUAGUUAUUUUGAUUUUGAGCAAUGGUUAACAUUUCGUGAUUAUUUAGUUAAAAAAGAUAUUGGUAUAUCACGUUUAUUCGAUGGUGUAUUUUUACAUGAAUGUGUUGAUCAUCAACGAUAUUUAAUGGCACUCUCCUAUAUUGAUUUUUUACGUAAAGAAGAUAUCGAGCUUACACCUACCGGUUUGGCCAUGUUGCUAUUAUUAGCACGACAAAUGGAUAUUAAAUCACAAUAUGCGGAUAUAAAAAUAAGUGAAGAUGAACUAUUGAAAGCUUAUGAUGAAUUUAUUAAAAUUCAACCCAUACCCGAUUCUCUGUUAACAUUACCGAUUAUAUCCGGUCUAACAUUAACUAGAAAAUGGAAAGAAUCCAUUAAACAUUUGCCAAUAUUAGAAAAUGAUUUAGAAUCAAUGCAAACAGCACUCGGUUAUAUCUUGACAGCCGCUGCUAAAUAUCAUGAUUAUAACUUUUUUUUUCAAUUAAUUGAUAAUGUAUCUCAAACAGAAGAAAUUCGAAUUCGAAAAAGACGUGAUAGAACGUUGAACUAUCAUGACAAAUCAAAUGAAUCAAUAAAAACAACAAUGACAAAAAAUAAAAAAGGGAUACGAACACCAUUUCUCACACAUAUGCCAUUGAAGAUGUUGAAAGAAAGUGAUUAUUAUCUCAUAUCAAAAACAUCGCAAGCAUACGAAACAUUUACAAAUUAUUUGACUGGUGAUAAACAAAUGCAGAUUAAUUCAUUAAAAAAACUAUUAGAAAAAUCACAACACAACGGUUAUAUUCCUCCGUUAGGGUUCGUUCAGGCAUUAGAAAAAAAAUUGAAAGAAAUCGAUCAAGACAAAUAUCGUUGUGACCAUAUUUAUUUCGCACCAAAUGGUGUAUCUACGAAUAAUCAAUCUUGUUUGCCGUCGAUUGAACUGAAUGAAGAUGAAAGUCAAUUACUUCACAGAUAUGUUCAAGACAACUUUGUCGAUCUAAUACGUAAAAAUUGUCCAUCGAUGACUAACGAUAUUAACAAAUUAGAGAAUAUUCAUCAAUGUUUAAUAGAGAAGAAAGUCGAUGUCAUAUUUGAUUGUGUACAUUAUCCAUUAUUAGAAUUAGAUUGGAGUAAUCGAUACCCCUUGUAUGUCAAACGUAUAUUACAACAAAUAGUGCAUGAAAAAGAGAAAACGUGUUUAGUGUUAGCAAAAGCUCAUAUUGAAGAUUAUAUUAAUCAAUUAGAUAUACAAAAUACGCAUGUCAUUCGAGCUCAUUAUGAAACAGGACACAGUGCAUUACCAAUAUUAGUGGCGUUAUUCAAUGGUCCACAAACAUUAUUAGCAAGUGCAAUUGAUCAACGUCCAUUCAAAAGCAUAUUGGAAAUAAAACAUGUAGCUUUACUUGAUCAAUGGAUACAAACUCAUCAGUUAGUAGCCAUUGUAAAACCAGAUCUUGUCUAUUUACAGGCGCCGUGUGUGUACUCAACACAAGUUCAUAUGCAAGAAAAACAGUGGCUUAUACCUUAUUACGAUGGUUCACCAUUAGCUGAUGCAGAAAAAGUAAACCGUUGGUUUCGUGUACAAAUAACUUAAGAACUAAAAAUUGUUGUUUGUUUUGCUUCUUGUUCGUUAUUACUUAUGAUUACUUUUUCUUGUUAUUUUUAUAAUAAAAAAAGAGCUGCUAAUCAGAAAAAAACGGGUUUUAACUGAAGAUUAUGAGCAAAGAAAACUAGUUAACUAGUCAACUCAUGGUAAAGGUUCUACUGCACUUUUCAGACUGUAGUAUUUAUUCACCAUCUAACUGUUGACUGCAAAAAAAAACAAUCAUGGUAUUACCGUCAAAAUUCAUGUAUUCUUAUUAAAUUUGUUCAUUUUGUGUUAUCGACGAACCGUUUAAAAAUAGCAGAAUUAUUAGAUAUAAAGCUAGAAUUUUUAAUAGAUUUUUGGCAUUCCGCAAUACUUUUCAUAGACAUUUCUUGAAUUCCUGUUGAUUUUGGUGGUUUUAGCGAUAUGCGGUCUUGCGUGAAUCGAAUACGGUUUAAUGAAAAAGUGUCAUGUAGAGUUCGGAGACGUUUGAUGUUGUACGGGAAGGUGUGAGCUGUACGGCUGAGAUAUUUGCAAAAUACAUUUCGAAUAAAUGGAUGCUUGGUUUUGUUGAUUUGUGUUAGCCAUACACUAGACUUUCAGAACUUGCGAUAAAAUUUUUAUGCACGUAAAUCCUGACUGGAACCUCUUUCGGAUGUUCAGAGCUUUUUUCAAAUUUGUUCUAGUCGUUAUCGAGCAGGAAAAAAAAAAUAAAAUUGUUUUUUAAAUUUGUUUCUGUACUGUAUUUUAGCUUGUUUGAAAAAAGAUUUGAACAGCUGAAAGAAUUUUUUGAUCUGAUGUGGUGUAUAGAAAGGUUCUAUAAAAACUUCUGAAACCAGGGUCUCUCAAAAACCCAAAUUUCAGAAAACCAAGUCCCCGAGUUCAAUCGAGAAAUUCUUUGCAAGUAACUCCGUCGUACAGAGCAAACAUUUCUAAACAAAAUGAGACGUCUCCGAGCUCUGUGCCGCAUUUUUUCAUGGAACAGCAUUCGAUUUACGGAAGGUCCUAAGGGCGUAUCUUUGCGGUGUGGGAGCUUCCGUAAAUCGAAUGCUGUUUCAUGAAAAAAUGCGGCACAGAGCUCGGAG